AUGGCGUGCUUUGCUGCCUCGCUCUUUCUUCUUUCAGUAUUCAUCAACCUCUCAACCACAAAGACGGACAGCUGUGAUCUUUAUGCUGCUGUUGGACAAAGCCUGACUUUACCUUUUACCUUUGAGGGACUGACCACCUUCUACGUGCUGAGAUGGACCCAUAACAACACGAUUGUUUUUUACCGGCAGCAAACCAGAGUGUCUGUGGGAAAACCAGAGGACAUCUCUGCAGCUGGAUCACUCAUUCUGAAGAACCUGCGACCUACAAGUGCUGGAAUUUACCAAGCAAAUGUGCUGACCCCAAACGGCACAUUUGCUAAAGCGUGGAGCGGUCAUCUCUGCUUGAUGGACAAGGUACAAAAACCUAGGCUGGUCUAUAGCUGUGACUUCAAGUCCAGUGCUGUGAAUCUAAACUGUGACGUGGUUAAACUUCAGGGUUUGGCGUUCUCAUGGACGCUGGAUGACAAGACCUUAACAAGUGAAAAAAGACAAACACUCAGCAUAUCACUGGCACAGCUGAAAGGUGAGAGGAGCUUUACAUGCAGUGUGGAAAACAAAGUCAGCAAAGAGAAGAGCGACAUUGUCCGUCCAGUCUGUAAAACUCCGUCACCACCACCACCGCCAGCUUUGCUCUGUUUUAAACCCAAUCUUGUUAUGGUUGCGGUGGCAGUAGGAGCAGGUCUCAUCCUACUUCUGCUCAUUAUCAUCAUCAUAUUGUGCUGCCGCAACAAACACGACAAAACUCAAAUGAGACCGGGAGAGCUCCGGAUGCUUUCUCUGAGCAAACGAGAGCCGGACUCCAUCAGCCCUGAAUACGAGACCAUGCAUCCAAGCGAGGACUCUCCCGCUACGAGCCCAGAGCCUAAGGCCAGAGUCUGCUAUGAGAACGUUUCACCGCCUGAAGUACAGGUUGAAAACAGGCCUCAACAUCUGUCUGCUGAUACUGAAGAACAACGAGUUUCACCGGUGCCAAAGCCAAGGACAAAGAGCCCCCAAACCCAAAACAAGUGA